AUGAAGUUAAAUAGGGUUUUCAAUUCAUUUAAAAACGACGCCGUCCAGAAUACAAGAACCAAUAUUGACAAGUUUACCACCGCAUCUACGCCACUCUUAUCAAGAAGUACGUUGAAGUCUAGGGAGAACAGCGAAAUAUUGACAACAGCACGAGUACCCAGAAUCACGGAGAAUCAUAGAGACCAAAGCGAGUCCUCGACAACAGAACGGGAUCGCAGAAACACGAUGCUCGGCUGGAAAGUAAUACAAAAAAGAAGAAAAGAGCAUGUUGCUAUGAUGUGCCAACAAUAUCCAGAACUGAGUGCUGAGAGAGUCAAGUAUAACAAUCUUCUUGUCGACGACAAUUACAACAUUCUCUACUGUCCAGCAGCAAAGGUUGCUAGUACCAACUGGCGAAAGGUGUUUCUUGUGUUGCGGGGAACUUUCAAAAACGUAUCAGAAAUACCUGGCAACCGUUUGGUGUAUCGGUUGAAUUACCCACAUUUGGAUAGUUACACCAAAUCAGAAAUUGAAUUACGCAUGCGCACAUACACCAAGUUCAUGUUUACAAGACACCCCAUACCUAAGCUGCUAUCUGCAUAUAUUAAUAAACUCGGUGAUUCCCCGCAAUGGGUGCUCCUGAAAAAAAUACGCCCAUGGAUGACUGUGGUGGAUAAAAUAAAUUAUGCAUCAAACAAGUUAAGUUUCAGUGAUUUUGUUAACCAUAUAUUGAAAACAGAUUCGAACCAAUUAAAUGAGCACUGGGGAUUGAUUACAAAUCAAUGUAAUCCGUGCAAUAUCGACUAUGACAUUCUUGGAAAAUUUGAAACACUAAAUGAGGACAGCGAGGGCGUACUGAAGGCAAUCAACGCAAGUAAUAUUGUUGAUUUCUCUUCAUACGCUCCACACAGAACGAACAGUUCAUCGAUUGAUGUAUUGGUUAAGUACUAUAGCCAACUGUCUAAACAGCAAAUUGAAGGACUUUAUUCAAAAUACGAAAUUGAUUUCCGUUUAUUUGAUUACAACGCUGCCGAGUUUUUUAAUCUGUCUUAA